AUGCGCCUCCACCUCCUCCCGCCGCCGCGCCGCGCCGCCGCACCGCUCCUCACGCCGACCGUCCCCUACCUCGCACGCCUCCUCCUAUCCCACGCGUCGUCCACUCCGCCGCUUCUCCUCUCACUCCUCCCGUCCUGUCCCGCCCUCCUCACGCCGCUCCUCUCCCAUCUCCUCCUCUCGCACUCGCCGCCCUUCCCUGCUCUCUCCCUGUACCGCCGCCUCCUCACUCUGCCCCACUUCCCCGUCCCGGAGAGCUCUCUCCCCGUCCUCCUCCGCCUCCUCGCCCGUUCCCGCCGCUACGCCCACCUCUCGUUCCCGCUGCUCGAGUCCCUCCCGUCCACACACCCGCACCUCCUCUCCGCGCCCGCGCUCGCCGUCCUCCUCUCCACCGCGCUCUCCGCGUCCGGCCCCGGCGCGUCCUUCGACGCCGCCGUCACCUGCUUCGACUCCGCCGCCCGCGUCUGGGCGCGCGCGGGCCGUGCUUUCGGCGCCCCCGAGCUCAACGCGCUGCUCCGCGCCUUCUGCGCCCGCGGCCGCGUCGCCGAGGCGCGCGCGCUCUUCCACCGCUAUUGCGACGCGUACCCGCCCGACACCCGCACGUUCAACACGCUACUGCUCGGGUUCAAGGAGGCCGGUCAUGCCCAGGCGCUGGACCUCUUCUACCAUGAUGCCGUGCUGCGCGGUUUCGUGCCGGACGCCGUGUCGUACUGCGUGAGGAUGGACUCCUACUGCAAGAAAGGGAGGUUCUUGGAUGCCCUAGAGCUGCUCGACGAAAUGCGCAGUAGGGAGAACUGCAAGCCGACACUGCAGGUGCUCACCACACUGAUAUACGGAGCUGGGAUUGUGAGGGACGCGGUUCGUGCGCGUCACCUGUUUGAUGAAAUGGAGAAGUGGGGAGUGACUCCGGACCGUGGGGCUCACAAUGCGCUCAUGGGUGCGUAUGUGAGGGCUAGGGAUUUGCAGUCUGCGAUGGCAGUGAUGGGCGAGAUGGAGCGGAAGGGGAUUGGUCUGGAUGAUGUGAGCUACAACACAAUAUUUUGUGGGUUUCAGAGAGUUGGUGAUUUAGAGGGGAUCUGGGGGGUGUACAGAAAGAUGGUUGGCUCAGGGUUCAUGCCAAGGACCAGAACGACAAUGUUGCUCAUGAAAGUAUUCUGCGAGAAUGGGCGAGCUGAUCUUGGGCUGGAGCUGUGGGAUUAUCUGAUGGGAAAAGGAUGUGUACCUCACCGUCACGCAUUGGAUAUUCUGGUUACUGGUUUAUGCUGCAAAGGUGUGGUUUUUGAAGCAUACAGGUGUUUUAGGGAGAUGAUCGAGAUGGGGAUGGCACCUACAGAGAGAGCAUUUAGGGUUUUGGAAGGGUUUUUAAGACGGACGCGGGAAUUUGGGAAGGUUGAGGAGGUUAGCCAAAUGAUGAAGGCAAUCCAAUUGGAGGGGCAUCACAUUGAAGAAGAGGCUGUGUGA